GCGUGCAAGGUGUAGAUCUUUCUUCACGGUCGUUUCAGAAAAGCGUUGGAACGAAUUGGAAUCCUCCUCUGACAGGUGCAACUGAGGCCCCGACUAUCAUUUCUGUUUUGAUCAUCACGAAGAGGCGGAGGCAGGGCUGAUUCGGUGGAGGCGAUUGUUGUCUGUCGUCCUGUGCGGAGGCUGGAACUUCGACGUUCAUAUACAGAUCGUGAGCUGCUGGAUUGGCACUCUUUAGUCCUUCCUUCACCUCAGGCAGGAGUCCGCCUGCUACUCAAAUCAAGUCGUUCACAUUGAAUCUUCUGGUGUCGAGUACACAUCGAGGCCACACUUACUUACCAACGGUGCUGAGGAAUAAACCGAUCCACAGUUGAAGCCAUGGCGACCGAGAUGGUAGAGCACAUACCUCGAUUAAGCGCAAUCGCCAGCAGCACACUCCAACAGAUCGGAUACUUGCCAACGCAAAUCGUCGACCGAUCUGACCUGCCUGAUCAUCUGGGACCUUGGCCGUUGAGACGAAAUGGGAGUUCGUGCUCGAACGUGGUUGUAAGUUCAAGCUCUGACUCAACAGGGAGCAGUGAGGAGCACACUCGAGUUGCAAGCCCAGAUGACGAGGACAACAAACGAGAACGGAGGGGAUCGGAAUUGACCGAGACAUUGGAACUUGUGGACAGGCAAUGUGAAAUCAUCAAAAAACUCCUGGACGCCGAAGAAGCUACAUUGAGGGACCAUGUGGAGGAAACAGGACGUCUUGAGCGUCAGUUGCAAGAAGAGCAGCAGCAGAGACAGGAGGUGGCAGCUCAAGUACAGCAGGAUGUUGAAAGCGCGGCUGCCCUUGAACGGAGUCCACAGCGCUGUCAAAAGUGUGAGCGACUGGCCGAGGAAGUUACACAUGCAGUAAAAAUUGGGGCUUCGAUUCUGUUUCUCAGUAUGCUGGCGGUCAUUUUCUCACCUUAUAUCCUGUGGCAUUCUUUUGGGCGCAAGCAUGCUUGGGACGACCUGACUGCAUUGGAACGGAAGAGGUACCUCUAUACCAUUCUUAUUGUGCCAGCAUUAUCAUACACAUUUGCCAUUGCAGUUUCAUGGUGGAGUGUGUUGGUGCUCAAGCAUAGCGCACGGGAAUGCAAGUCGGUUUGGUCGUUGAGUUUCUCGAUGCUGUGCUGGACGAUCGUCUUUUACUUUUGGUGUUCAUUCUGGCUGCUCCCAAUGGUGCGGUGAUUGAGUUAGAGCGGGACUUCAGGAGAGCAAUCAAGGACCUGGCCAUCGGACAUGCCUGGUGGCCGAAAGGUGGUCUUAGCAUGGUCGAAAUGCUCGUUGGCCGUUUGCGGACAUUGACGGAAGCGUUCGUGAGAAACGAGCUUUACAACAGCCAAGAUGCUGCGAGCGGUGAGCAGCACGUAUAUACCACCUAAUAGGUCAAGAGGCCUCAAUAUCACAGUUCAAUAUGAAUAAGAUGCUGUAAGAAGUCGUAGU